AUGUACGGAGUUAUUUCUAAUAAAUGCAGUUUUUAUGUUCAUGUAUUAUUUCGCGCAAAUGCGUUAUCAACAUAUCUUUUGAAUGCACGUAAAAGUCGCUAUACACCUCUUCGACGUGUACUACGGAGUUAUUCUAAAUUUAUUGAUUCCACAAUUCUCCAAAAAGCAACAAUAUUGGAAGAAUACUAUGAACUUUUGGAAGGAUAUGCUAAAAGAUAUUUUAGACAUUCGGUUCUAAAAUUCCGAAGAAAGAAAAUAUCAAAGAUUGAUAAUCUUAAAUCAAAAUAG